ACGACCUUUGGGACGGCGUUACGAUCACAGAUUUAUCUGCCCAUUAACCUCGAGUAAUGCGUUGGACUGCUGCUCUUUGUGGCUUCAUUGCUACGACUUGGCCAACUGCGGUAGAGUCCAAGGUGAAGGGCCACUGCACCGCCAUCCUUGUGGGGGCCAAGGCGUCCGCACAUGGCACGCCCAUGACAACCCACAGCAACGAUUGUCCGUCUUGCGACUUUCGCUUGGCCAAAAUACCUCCCCAAACUCAUCCGAUCGGUAGCCAGCGCGACGUAUACGUGUUUUCGCCGGAUUACCCUCGCUACGUGGGGACGACUAGAGGCCCAGCAUAUGAUCCUGCCUUGGUGGACCGGCGGUUCUUCAACUGGACCGACACAACGCCGAUAGCCCAAAUCCCCCAAGUACCGUCAACCUACGGUUACAUUGAAGGCGUUUACCCCAUCAUGAACGACCAUCGUGUGGCGAUGGGGGAAAGCACAUGCGCUGCGAAAUUCGUGUCCAAACCGGUCUCAGGGGGUGGCCGCGCGCGUCUGGACAUUGUCGAGUUGGGGCAUUUGGCGUUAGAACGAACGACUUGUGCCCGUGACGCCAUCGCUCUGAUGGGGGGGAUGGCAGAAACGUAUGGAUACUACGGGUCUUUCUGGGAGACGCCCAGUGCAUUUGAGAACGCAGGGGAAGCGCUAACUAUAACCGAUCCGACCGAAGCGUGGAUGCUGCACAUGCUCCCAGACGACACUGGAGAGUCCGCCAUUUGGGUGGCCCAGCGGGUACAUGACAACCACGUCGCCGCCGUGGCCAACCGAUUUGUGAUCCGAGAAAUCAACUUCACCGACACGGACCACUUCAUGGCGUCGGCCAAUGUACUGGACAUCGCCAAGCGUCAUGGAUUCUGGGACGGCGUGGCCCCCUUUGACUUUACCGACGCGUACGCGGGCCCGCCGGACGUGACGCUCUCUUCCUCCCUCCGCGUGGGCCGAGUGUUGAGUCUGGCCAACAAAAAUGUCAACGUGGACACGUUUGCGGACACCACUCCGUUUUUUUCGGCCAAAGUGGACACGUUACUAACUGUCCAAGACGUUAUGGGAUUCCAGCGCGAUCACUACGAAGGCACAAAGUUUGAUUUGACAAAGGGACCUGCGUCCGGCCCCUAUGGCGACCCCAAUCGAUAUGAAAUCGCCGACGCUGACGUGGGGACUGGACACUUCGAACGAGCCAUUGGCAUAUACGAAGCCACGUAUACGUUUGUGUCAGUGCUGGAUGCAACGAAUAGACACAACGACCACAUUUGGUUUGGACCGUACUCGCCCGACUCGACGAUUUACACCCCGGUAUAUGCCUUGGCCACGGCCAUUCCGGCGACCUUGCGGCACGGUUCGUUGCGUGAGUUUGAUAUGCACUCUGCCUUUUGGAUCAACGCCCUUAUUGGCAAUUAUGCAUCGAAAUGGUAUGCCUUUGCGCACCCGGUGGUGUCAGCCUGCCAGAUUCAGACCGAGACCCACGCGCUCGAACUGCAAAAUACCAUCCACGCCAAGGCGAAUGAAAUUGCACAAACUGAAAACCCUGCGUUACUGGGCGAGUUCUUGACCAACGCCACCGACACAUUUGCACAAACAACGCAUCUUGCGUCGAUGGCUUUGUUUACGGCGCUCGUGACGACGUUUCAUGACGGCGUAAUCAUGUCCAACUUAACCGACGAGCACCUGGUGGCCACGUCCAUGUCCAUGCCUCGGUGGUGGCUGGAGCUCGUGGGCUUCUACCCGCCGACCACUGUCGGACUUUCAGCUCAAAACUGUGCUCCUUUGGCAUUUCAAGGGGCAGUGAUAGCCAUGUGCGCCGGGCUCGUGGGGUUUUUACUGGGUCGGCAAUCACACGUCCAGCGCAAGUAUCUACCGAUUAACUAAUAAUCCGACGGGUGAUGGUGGCACGAAAAACUGUGCGCUGUAGAUCAAGCUCACAUACUGUAGCUUGUCGUUAUUGAGCACAGCCAGUCUGUCAUAAGACCUAAUUAACGUUACAGUAUAUCUUGAAGGGCG